AUGGUGCCCUCACGUAAAAUUUUCACUUUCUCUGAUGCGCAAACACCGCUCUCGUUCAAAGUGACAAGUUAAAACUGUUUUUCUCCGAUCAAUCUCCGGGCGAUCAGAGAUUUUUUUUUUUUUUUCCUGUGGAUCUUCCGGCCAAUUCAAGAGCAAUGAUAGAUAGGUUGUGAUGAGAUGCCAAAAGGAGACAAACUUGUCUUAAGGGGUUUAAAAUUCCAUGGAUACCAUGGGGUGAAGCCUGAAGAAAGGACUCUGGGUCAAAAGUUUGUAGUGGAUGUGGAUGCCUGGAUGGACCUUCGAACUGCUGGUAAAUCUGACCAGUUAUCAGACACACUUAGUUACACUGAUAUUUACCGCAUAGUAAAAGAGGUUAUGGAGGGGUCACCACAUAAUCUUCUUGAAUCUGUGGCUGAACACAUUUCAACUACAACCCUGAGCAAAUACCCCCAGGUAAAUGCUGUGCGUGUUCAGGUCGGAAAGCCACAUGUUGCAGUCCAAGGACCAGUCGACUACUUGGGCGUUGAGAUCAUUAGAUAUCGAGGCAUUGCCAUAUAAAUCUGCCAAGGCUAAUAUUCUGCUGGUCGAUUCUUCACCGAAAUCUAUACAAUGUGUGUUUUUAUUGUAUCAUAAUUAAACUCUUCUUCAUUACAUUAUAUCGACGAAACUUGUAGUUUGAAUUGAUUGAUAAUGCCAAGUUUUCUGUUUGAUGUCUUACAUUGUCUUGUCAGAAAAUUUCUAGGUUGGUUGAAGAAGGCAUUCAAAAAUGCUAUAACAACAAUAACAAUAAACAUUCUAGGUUU